AUGACUGUCCAACAGCAUGUCCUCAACUGGCUCUACAGCGUGUUGACCAGUGAAUAUCACGAUGUCAACCGCACAUACAACGAUGUAGCCCAGGUGCUCUCCCACUAUCCAUCGCUUACUCCUCGAACCGAUGUACACACCUUCCCCAACGGCGCGUCCGCCCUCCUCGUCCACCUCUCGGGAACACUCCCCGUCGUCUUUCGCGGCACCACCUACCGAUUCCCCAUCUCAGUAUGGGUUCCCCACGCCUAUCCCCGAGAGGCCCCCUUGGUCUACGUGACCCCGACCGAGCACAUCAUGGUCCGGCCCGGCCAACACGUCGACCCUCAGGGUCAGGUCUAUCAUCCCUACCUUGCCGGCUGGUCGACAUAUUGGGAUAAAUCCACCAUCCUGGACUUCCUGGCCAUAUUGCGCGAUGUAUUUGCCAAAGAGCCUCCCGUUGUUGCUCGUCCACCUCAGGGCCAGGGCCAGGGCCAGGUCCGGUCGCCUCCACCUCAGCAGCAGCAACAACCACAGCCACCACAAGGACCAGCAACACCUACACCACCGCCAGUACCACCACUUCCCCAAGAACUAGCCGCGAGGUCACCGGUCCAACGAGACGGGACAAGACCUCCGCCUCCACCACCGAAGCCCGGCGCCCCUGCUCAUGCUGCUCACACGCCGCACCAUCAGCCCUCUCCGGCACCAUCAUACGCCGCCGCUCCUCCAGUGCCUCCCCAUCCUCCCCAUUCCGGUAGACCUACGAGUCAAUACGGUGGUCCUGGAGCACCGGCACCGCAAUCCCCUAGAUCUGGCCCUUCUCGCUACGAUGCUCCUCCGCCACUACCUUCUCAUCCGACACAACAGCUGCAGCAUCAACAACCACAACCGCCCCAUGGCGCGCCAUACCAAUCACCUCCGAUGCCCGCCGCCUUACCUCAUCAUCAGGCACCACCACAACCUCCGUUCCCACCCAUGGACCCACGAAGGAUGUCCACUCUCCAACAACACCCUCCCCCUCCCCAGGGGCAACACUUCGGCUCUCCACCGCCACCCAACUGGCAACAAUCACAUGGGCACCCCCCUCAAGCCAUACCACAACACCAUAACUUCCCACCAGCAGUCGUCCAACAAGCACAACCCAAACCCCCUCCACCUCCCGACCUCCUAGACGACGACACCCCCGCCUCCCCGCCCUCCUCAACCCUUAAUACACUAACAAACCUCACCUCUUCCAACACCAGCGGACCGCCCCCUCCUCCGCCUCCAAACCCCGAAAAAGACGCCCUCCUGCACCAACUAGCCCAAACCCUUCAUUCCCACCGGCACCACGCCCGCACCCAAAACGAGACCUCCCUCGCUGGCUUACAAGCGCAACGCGCCGCAAUGUCCCAAGCAGCCAAUACUUUACAGUCCGAAUACGCGCAACUUUCGCACUUAUCUGCCCUUCUCCAAUCCAACACUGCUGUCUUACAAGAGAGUCUACGCAAGGCAGACGCCGUGAUAGAGAACUCGAAAACGUUAAAAGAGCCGGAUAUCGAUGAAUUACUGGUUGCGCCUACGGUGGUGGGCAACCAGCUUUAUGAAUUGGUUGCUGAGGAACGGGCAUUGGCGGAUGCGAUAUUUAUGUUGGGGAGGGCGGUGGAGAGGGGACGGAUUGCGCCUGGGACGCAUGCGAAGAUGGUUAGGGGGUUGGCGAGAGAGUGGUACUUGAAGAAAGCGCUGGUUAAGAAGAUUGGGGAUGGGAUGGGGUUGAGUCAGUAA